AUGUCGCUGGUGGCGCCGUCAAGCGUUUGCCUUCGCGGCACAGCGGUCACGCACUUCAACGUCGAUCCUGAGGCGCUCCAGCUGCCGGCGGACGAGCAAGACUACGAAUAUGUCUUGGACUGCAAAACCACAAUGUCCAAGGAGCACGCGCUGCUCGCUUUGUCCGAUCGAACGAUUCAAGCGCGCAGCCGAGCGACACUAUCGUGUGAGCGGCAAUUCGAAGCACACUCGGACACGAUCAACGAACUCGUGGUGUCGGAGACGCAACCGUGGAGCGUCAUCUCGGGGUCCAAUGAUGGAACGAUCAAGGUGUGGGACCUACGCCAAGCCCAGCCAUCCGCUGUGCAGACCAUUCGUGUGGGCGAGGAAGUGUGGAGCUGCUCGGUCGGUUGUGGGGAUACUCUGGUCGUGGCGGCUGCAGCUGACUCGGCCGUGUUCUACGACUUGCGAACACUUCGCAAGUUGGGUCAAUACGGAGAAUCGCACAUGGACAACGUGACCCGCGUCCAGUUUCACCCGCUGCGGCGGUCGGAAGUGAUCACUGCUAGCGACGACGGCAUCGUGUGUUUGUUCGACUGUACGAUUGCAAACGAGGACGACGCGACCAUUUCUACCAUCAACGUUGAGAGCUCCGUGUCGCGGUUUUGCAUGUUUGGGCCAGACUCGCACAACAUUGCGUGCCUGACCGGAUCGGAAACGCUCGACGUGUGGAAUUUGACGACGGCCGAGCGGCUCGCGCACUUUUCAACCAUUCGAGACCAGUGCAGUGCUGCGCCGAUGCUGCACACAGAUUUCCUCGUGGAUUGCAAGUACGACCCGACAACGGACCAACUCCACUUGGCCACAGGGAAUCACCAAGGACAACUCAACUUGUUCCAGCUGAACCCCCAAGCUGGAAUUUUGCACGAAGCCACGCUAUCUGGUGGCCACAAAGCCGCCAUCCGGUGUCUGGACUGGCAUGAUGACAUGCUUCUCACGGGCGGUGAAGAUGCCCGCGUGUGCCAGUGGAUGCCGCUUCAGCAAGCAACGAAUCACUCGGUCAGCUCUAGCAACGGCCGACACGCCAUACGGUCGUCCGUCGAGCGAGACAUAAGUGGCGCGAGGCGAGCGAGACAAGCCUCUCGCCCGUACUAAUCAUUCCAAAACCAUGUGAAUAAAGAAUUGCACGGAACAUGACCUUUAGCACUGGCUUG